UGAAAUGACAGCUGAAACAACUGAUAUAACCAUUUACUGGGACCGGGAGUCGUGUCCGCCACCCAUAACAGGCCGUCUCACCAACAGUGUCGGUGUUUUACGAAAGUUAUUGAAAACCGUUUGUGUAACUGAGCGCCAACUUCGGCUCAAACAUUUGGUCAGCUGGUCAUCGGAGGACAUAACAGGUAUCGAUAUCUAUUACGAUAGCGAUAAUUGGGAUCAUCGGCUGGUAAUCGACAACUACGACAAAUAUACCUUCUUUUACCAGUAUAUAAACAAAUCUCUAAGCGAUGGGAAAACUGAAUUAGUUGUCAUCACUGGUGACCAACUAUUACUCAAACAUAUUAAAACACUUGAGUUAGAUAUUUUGGGCCAGUUGUCUAUAAUUUAUGGUAAUUUGGUUGAUAUCGAACAGUUAGGUUUCCCAUAUGGUAUAAAACGGCUACCAUUUGAUCAUUUAAUAAACUAUUGCAACGAUUAUGAAAAGUUUUGUUUGUCGACUAUCACUGGUCUUAUCGGUUCAAUUGAUGAUAUAAAUAUUAAUGAAAGAUGCCCAAACAGUGCAUUAAAACCAGAACUUUCUAUUACCGAGACUAAUUCAAGUGAAACAUACAUAUUAAUCAAUUGGUGGAAUCAUAUGAAAAAAUUAGUUUCAUUUUUGAUUCGUUGGUUUUAUCGCAAUCAAAAUAGUUUAUGUGACAGUCCUGAACAAGAAUCCCGUGAACCUGAAUCCCGAUCACAAUCACAGACUACUGAACAAUAUAUGGAAAAUAGACGAAAGAGAGUGACUAAAAAAUCAACCGAUAAACAGAAUAAAACUGAUGGACAGUUGUCGGUCGAUUCGAAACCAAACUGCUGUCCAUCAACAACAUCUGUGGCGUCGGCGGUCGCGUCCAGUAGUGCUAAAGAGUUUUCCGAUGACUCGAGUGGUGAUGACGAGAGACAAUAUGAGAAACUUAUUAACGAUAAGAAAACAAUUCAAACUUUGGAAUCUAGUGUCCAGCCUAUAGGUUCAAUCUGUCCGACUCUUGGAUCUAGUGGUCACGGAUCUAGUCCCUGUCCAUCAUCAACAUCGGCUGCGUCGGCGGUCGAGUCCAGAAAUGAUAAAGAGUUCUCAGAUGACUCUAGCGAUUCAGAUGAACCUAAAAAUAUAAAGACAACAAACAAGACAUAUAGUCAAGUGUUAAAAAAUCCUAUUGGUUUUAUAACAGACAAAUUUGCUAAAAAUAAACCAUCAAUUGUUAACCAAACAAAUCAAACAAUUAGUAAACAGAAAAACACGAAGAAGAAGAAGAAGAAGAAUCAAACUGAUGAGCAUUUUGUUGAUAUGAUUGAUAAAUGUAUUGACAAUUCAAGUGGUUAUCAGUGGUAUUAUAAAUAUAAGAAACCCUAUGAGUCCGGUGUCUGUGGUUUGCGAAACUUAGGCAACACUUGUUAUAUGAACAGUGCUCUACAGUGUCUGUCAAACAUACCAUCGAUUGUCGAGUUUUGCAAAGAUUUCAAGAAUUUCAAGACAAUGCUGGCAUCGAACUCACUGUUGGAAGUGUUUUGUAAACUAAUUGAUCGCAUGUGGUCUAAACAAACAGAUUAUUUGUCGCCCAACGAGUUUCGCGUCAAAGUGACCAAAGUUUUGCUAAGGUUUGCCGGCUGUGGACAACACGACUGUUCAGAGUUUUUGAGGUCAUUGUUGAACACAUUACACGAAGAAUUGUUGGAAAUGUCAGGCAUUGUUAACAAUAAUUUUAGUACUGAUUAUAAAACAUUUGAUGAAUAUCUUCAUAAUAAUCAAACAUUUAUAUCCGAAAAUUUUCAUGGAUUUCAAGUAAUGCAGUUUAGUUGCAGUCUAUGCGGUCACAGAUUAGAUGAAAAUUAUUGUCCAUUUAUUGUCAUGAAUUUGCCACAAAUUAUCAAACAAGACAUUUCAUGGCUUAAAGUUUAUUUAGUUAUCAACAGCACUGGUAUUGAUAGUUUCAGAUGUGAUAAUUAUGUAUUGCGAUUAACUAGAAAUGAGGUAUUAGUGAGUCAGGUCAUCAAAACAUUAUCGCAAAGAUAUUCAAACACUACAUCUAAUGUCUUGGAUGACAAACAUCUCAUUGUCGCUGUUAUUAUCAAUCAUAAAAUAGACAAAAUCUAUAAUAUGAAUGAUAUUAUAAAUAUCAAUCGUCUUAGAGGUGAUCUAUUUGUUUAUCAAUUUAAUCCAUUAGUUGACAAUCACUUGUUUAUCUCACUUCAAAGCGAGAGCCAUGUAUUUUGUAUACCAUUGCUAUUAGAUAUCAAUGAAUACAAUGAUGACAAUAUUAUCGAUACAUUUGUCGCACAGUUGGCUAAAUGUCUUGAACCGGAAGGCAAGCUAUUGUUGAGAAAUAGUUUAAUAACUAAUAAUGAUUUUGAAACCAUUAAUUUUGAUCCAAAUCUAUCAGUUGGCAAUCAGUUAAUAUUUACUAAACUGGAUGAACACUUAAAGAAAUACUAUACCAUUAAGCAAUUUUAUCACAGAUUAAAUGAUAAAAAUGAUGAACGAGUUGUCAAUCUUGACGACUGUAUCAAUCGAUAUCUGUCUGUCCAACUCAUGGAUGAACAACAAAAUUGUCCCAAUUGUGACAAUAGUAUAAAACCUACGGUAGAGAUUCAUAUACUACAUGCGCCUAAUAUACUACUAUUUCAAGUUCAGGACUGUUUUGGUCAACAAAAUCAUUAUUUUAACCAAUCAGACUGUCAGUUUCCAAUGACAUUGAAUUUAACUGAUCAUAUAAAGGAUGCCAAAGCUAACGGUGCUCAACAUGUCUACGAUUUAGUGGCCAUUUCAAACUAUUCAGGAAGUUAUAGUUAUGGACACUAUACGGCUUAUGCUAGAAAUCAUAUCAACAAACAGUGGACACUCGGAUUUUGUUUUAAGCCAAUUAGAAAUACAUAUCUGAAUGGACCCGAAGGCAGUCCCUAUGAGGGCGGAGUGUUUGAAGUUGACCUCAAGUUUCCGGCCGAAUAUCCGAUGCGAGUGCCGAACAUAGAACUAAGAUAUUUCACGCAAAUAUCAGCACAAAUUGAAGAGUAUACACUAUUCAUAUUGUUAGCCAAACCUAACCGCAAAAGUCCAUAUCAGGGAAGCAGUCUUACUGACAGAGAGUACAACUCAGAGGCCCGAAGUUCAACACAAAAAUACGUCAAAAAAUAA